AUGCCUGACAUAGAGUUAAAGCAGUUCUCGGUGCUCCAACUGAAAAAUUGGUUGGGAGCUCUCGGACGCCCGACUUCCGGCACUAAAGCGGAAUUAAUCGCGCGUCUGCAAGCUAUCUCCCCAGAGACACGUGGCGACCCGCCAGCCAAGACAUCGAGCAGCCAGGACGAUCAGCCACCAAUCAACCAACCGGCAGCAGAACCAGUGAACGGGACAGAUGGAGCUGCAUCUUUGCUGGUACUGCAGGAGCAGCACGGUGGAGACUUGCAAGAAGUCUCAGGCGACGCGCAAUUAAUGGCGUCACAAGCCUCGGAGAAUUUCGAGUUUGAACAACUAUCGCUCGUGGAUGCUGAAAAAGCCACCCUACAGAAGAUUCGUGAUGAAAUAGACGCGAGCAUGGCCGUAUUGCAGAGGAUUCACACAGAGAUCGACGGCGCAAACAAGAACAAAUCCGUUCAUGUUCACCAAAUCCAUGACGUCAUCAAAAAUACCAUGGAAAAUUCUAGAAGUGCUAACAUUGGCGCCAACAGCGACGCUGUUAAGUUUAACAGCACCAAAGUGACCAUCACCGCCGAUAACAUUGGUCCGGACAAUACCAGUGUUGGAAAACAGAUCGAUGGAAGUGUUGAUCAACGCAUGAACACAAAUGUAAACAAACUACUGGAAUCUCCGGCAGCAUCGCUUGCUUUGGCAAAAGAAGUUACAAUGGAAUACAACGGCAGCGUGUGUGCGCGCAAUUGGGUCACACAGCUUCAGAACAUUGGCAAGGUGUAUAAUUUAGACGAUGGCUGCAUGCAUAUGCUUCUGAUUGCCAAACUAAAGGGAAACGCACAACGCUGGCUGCACGCAAACGCCACGCGCAUUCUGGAGCCGGCCGAUCAACUUUGCGAACAACUUAUUAUGACGUUCGGCGUUAAAAUGUCCAAAGGAGAGCUGAGAAACGCAUUCCAAAGACGUCAAUGGAGUCCAGAAGAGAAGUUUGCCGCUUAUUUCGAGGACAAGGUUAUGCUAGCUAACGACAUCAACAUCGAUUUGGAGGAGCUUCUGGAGAACAUCAUAGAAGGCAUCCCAGCACCAGCGCUGCGUAACCAGGCACGCAUACAGUGCUUUUCCGAACCGAUGCAGAUUCUGCGGGCCUUCGCGGAAGUCCGUUUACCAGAGCGCAAAACUGGAAGCACUUCGACAAAGCAGCUAUCUGGAAGAGUUGCAUCCAAUAAGGACUUGCGGUGCGCCAACUGCAACUCCAAAGGGCACUUCGCCAAGGAGUGCCUCAAACCGAAGAGGGAGCCCGGUUCCUGCUACGCCUGUGGCACGAUGGGACAUUUCGUCGGACAGUGUCCGGAGCGCAAGAGUGCGAACACAAACAACUAUAAUGCCUCAUAGACACAGGGAGCCCAAUUUCAUUUUCGAAAGUAAGCAGUAUACCCAAAGAAGUUAAUUUAGAGACCGUUUCGGAGAACUAUUUCGGGCUGAAUAAAAGCCAACUGAAGAUAUUUGGAAAAAUUUUGUGUUACAUAUUAAAAGAAAAAAUAAAAUGUUAUUUUUAUAUGUACGUGGUCCCAAACGAGUCUAUGAGUCAUAAUGUAGUUCUUGGAAGAAAUUUUAUGGAAGCUUGCCAGCUAAAAUUGGAUCUAGACACUUUGGGAAAGGUUACA